AUGGGAUAUUACCUUGCUGAUGACAUAUAUUCAAAGUGGGCAACAUUUGUAAAAACAAUCCCAGCUCCACAAGGACAUAAAUAUAAAUUAUUUGCAGCAGCCCAAGAGGCGUGUAGGAAUGGUGUUGAGUGUGCAUUUGGAGUGCUUCAAGCACGUUUCGCAAUUGUUUGUGGAAUUGCACAAUUUUUCCAUCUUGAAACACUCCAAAAGAUCAUGAAAGCGUACAUAAUUCUCCAUAACAUGAUUGUUGAAAAUGAGCGGGAUGAUAAUGAAGUGGUGGACUUGGAUUAUGAACAAAAUAAUGGAGUAGAUAAUCCUCUUCUACAAGUGUUACGUGAACAAAGCGAUGAAUUUUUGUAA